UCUUAAUUGCUUAUUCAAGGAGACAAUUAUUGAAAAGCAAAGACUUUUGUCCCCACCUAAAGAAUUAGCGUAAAAGUAAUCUCUUGUUAGAGCAUUUUAUAUGUGUCGCUUUCUCCGGAUUUUGAGCUUUAAAUUGCUAAUUAAAAAACGCGCUUUUAGCCCUACUGCAGGGGCGGCUAGUUAGCAAUAAUAACACCACACGCUUUUCCCACACGUAUCUUGUUGCCUAAGUCUUUGGGAACUUUCACAAUACUCCAUUCCUUAAUUUCAUUUCAUAUUAUUAAUUUUAAAUUUAUUAUAAAUACCCCACCUCUACAAACCCAUUUUUCCAUCACUUCAUUUCAAUCAUCAAUUAUAAUUUCCCCAAAUUUAAUUAAUUCCAAAAUACACCAAAAAAAAAAUGGCAUCAACUUCUUCCUUGUAUUCGCCAUUCGUUCAAUCUUUCGACCCGUUUUCGAAGACCCGAAUGUCAAUCAAACCAAGCUCAAACAGAACAAAAAUACGCGCGUCGAAAAGAGAUCAGGCCCACAAUCGUCACAACUUCAACGGGAGGCUAGUGGACGAGAACUUAAUCGUUCUUCGCAUGAGGAUUCACGAGAUGAAUAUGAGCGAGAAGAAUUACGAGCCUCCGAGGGAAUGGAUGGAUUGGGAGAGGCGAUUCUACGCUAGUUACGAUACGAUUAUAUGCGACGCAAUGGGGCACUUGCAAACAUAUUUGAUGGAGACUAGGCCUAGCCUGGUUUUGGGCAUGAUUGCACUUAUUGCAUUGAGUUUGCCAACUUCAAUUGGUGUGGUCAUCUACAAUUUGUUCCAAUUGAUCAAAUGAGUUUUAUAUGUUGUGUAGAGAUUCAAUGUAUAUAAAUUGUACUAUUCUUUUAUUCAUUUUAUUGACCGACGCAGUCAAACUGCAAACUUAUGCUGCAAA